UGUUGUGUUGACUACUCCCGCGUAAACUCAAGACAGUCACUGUCACCGCCGCCGCCGCGACCGACACAAUGACGGCCACUACCGGCGAUGAUGACAAUACAAACGCCAAUGCGGACAAUACCGAGUGCGGCGCCGACGCUACCGACAGCCGUCAACAGCCCAUGGAUGUGGACAACAACAACAGUGUCGGCGGCGAUGGCAGCAGCGGCAGUACGGCCGCCGCCGACGGUCAACAUCAGCCGACAGCGUCCGAUACGGGCCUACUGUCCACUGGCGAGGCCAUGAAAAACAUGUUUCGCAAUCUUUACGAAGCCGCAUCGCUGGCCAAAAUCAAACAGUAUAUCCAGUUUAUUAACGCCCGAGUGUUGACCAAUAAGACCUACUUUUUCUAUAUCAACGACUUCUAUCAUUAUGUUUGCGUAUUGACCGAUACGGCUGUCGACCAGCCGUCGAUGCAUACGUCAUUGGCCACCGAACUGAACGAAUUCUAUCGGCGACUGAUCGCCAUCUGCUACGAGUGGCACUGUUUGGCCGACGAUUUUCGCGACGAUUACCGAAUCUAUAAUGUUAUUCAAUUGACGAUCAAAACGAUGAUCGAUAGGUUUUCCGCCGCCACUGCCGAUGUCGGCGACAACGACAACGUUAUACUCAACAGAUGUGUGCCGUCGAUGUUGGCAUCGAUGCUGAUAAUGAUGUCAACGCUGUACGGUCUGAAAGAGGCGGCCAUUUUAGCCAAACCGAUGACCACCAAUCUGGUGGGGCGAUUGCGCCAUCAGCGAGGCCUCGCUAUGGAUACCGAAGAGUGGCGCCAAUUGUUGUCCUAUUUGGCCACUAUCGGCGAACUAUGGAUAGUCAUCUAUAACAUUGAUUCGGCAGAUGACGAAAGACUAUCGAAAUUGUUGAUCAAUUUUAUUGAUCUAUCGCUCGAAAGGAAUGAAUUUCGCAGUCAUAUUGUCGGCAAAGCUAUCAAAUGUUUGAGUCAAGAGAAGAACAAAUCGUUGGAUCAGUUGGUGAUUGAAUUUCAACAACAGAUUGCCGGUCAUAUUAUUCGUCUGAUUGAAAUUGACGGCGAAUUUCGCGAUUUGAAUCACAUUCUGACAAAAACAAUGUCACUGUUUGGCAUCAGUUAUAUACCGAAAGAAUUUAUGAGACAUAUUGUCGCCCAUUUUGUGUCCAAAGGCAACGAUAUGACCGUAAAGUUUGUCCGCGAAUUCAUCAAAUUAGAAGACAAACCGUUUACCGAUAUAUUGAAAAUCUAUUUGUCGGACGUUAUUCGUCAAAUGUUUUUCGAUAGGACAGCCUAUCAGCGAACUUACGGCCAAACGUGUCAACUAUUGAAAGAGAUAUCGAAACGGGCCGACUAUGAUGUCGAAUAUCGUGUCGAAUAUUCGGCCACUGAUUACGGUAAAACAUUGUUGAUCUGGUGGUCAGCUGAACGUCAACUGGUUGUUCGGGCCAUUGCAUUCAUACAUUACUAUCGACUCAAAGUCCCCGAGUCAUCGUCGGCUACCGUCGAUAUGAAUUGCUUCGAGAAUAGUCCGUCCACUUUGCGGUCAGCGCUUCACGAAUACUUUUUGCCGUUUGUUCACCGAUACGAGUCGCUAAUGCAAGACUAUUCGGUACCGAAAACUGAGAAACUGAUGGCCACACGAAGUUUUAGUCAACUAAUGGAGUUUAUGGGACCCGAUUGUGUCAACACUUAUCGGGUUAAGCUGUUCUCGACAAUUCAGAUGAUUUUAAGCGAACGUUUUCUACCGAAUAAACCGCUGAUUAAGUUAAGCAUCGAACUGAUGACCAAAUUCGUUCAAAUGGCCGACAAAUACUAUUUGAGUACACAAUUGUUAACAAUAUCGGCACUAAUGUUACCGAUAUUGCACUACUGGCCAACAGAGACGUCCGAAUUGUUUACCGAAUUGAUACUUAAAAACAGAUUUCAUUCGUCAUUUCAGUCGGCAUUCAAACACUUGUAUUUCAUACCGAAAUGUAAUGAAUUGCGCGAUGUUUCCGAAAUAAUUAGCGACUAUAUUAUGGACGGAAACGAUGCCACUGAUGUCGACCUACAGUUACGGCUGGCCAUCAGUAAUAUCAAUCACGAAAAUCCCAAAGUCCAAGAGUUUUCGUUGCGUCAACUGUUGAAACUGUUGACCAGCCAUCAGUCGAUUUUAUAUAAACAGUUGUUCAACAAUAACAACAACAAUAAUACGUACGAUGAGUUGGCCGCCCACGAGUUUAUCGGCCAGAUUGUCGGCAAACUGAUGGACUGUUUUCGGACAAAUCAGCCGACAAUUAUCGAAUUAGUUGGCGAAUGUAUUGGCACAUUGGGUGCCAUUGAUCCGCUACGCUGCGAUUUGGACAAACCUAUUAUCACCCGUGAGGCCAACAGCGACCGAUUUCUCAAUUCGAACGACAAUAAAUUCAAAGUACAUCUGAUAACACUGUUGUAUCGGACGCUGACCACUGCCACAACUACUGCCGACCAUUACGCGGCUUCGUAUUCGCUUCAGGAGAUUAUCAAAUUGUUGACCGGAAGCGGUGGCGGCGAAUCGUCGGGUGGCGGCGGCGGCGCUGGUGGUGGUGGCGACCACGUAGUAUUAGACGGUUUCAAUUUGGACGACCUGAGCGAAGACAUGCGCCACUAUUGCGAAAUACUGAAGAAGACACGCUAUACUCAUAGCAAACUGAUGGACAUUGAAAUAUCUGACGAACCGAUAUUCGGAUCCCAACCGGAUCUCACUUACCGUCAAUGGUUGAACAGAUGGCUGAAAACGUUGUUCCACUUAUUCAUAUUUACCCACCAGAAAGACACCGACGGUACCACUCAGUUGGCCGAUAUCUUAUCAAUGUCACAGUCACAGGGUGUCAGUUCGCAACGAUCUGAUCUAUUCGAGAGUGAACUGUGUCAGGCAUUGGCCCAGAAUUCUAUCAAAAUCAAGAUCUUGUGCGACUGUUUUCCGACAAUGUGUCGCAAUCGGCCAGUAGCCCAAUAUCUGCUACCGUAUGCGGUAAUAGCGGCCCUGAAAAAUGCCAAACCAAACGAAAAGGAUUUCAUAUGCAACGAAUUGAGGACAAUUGUCAAAUUGUUAACCGCCGAUGACUAUCUGUUCGGUACGGAAAUGGGACAUUUGGCUGCCCAGACAGUGUUCCACAUAUACGAUCACUUGAGGAACUGGCAUAAAAAGCGGCUACGAUUGCACCAACAAGUCUGUACACAACCCAGACAGCAUCGGUUUGCCCGACUAAAGGACAAAGAGUUCAAAGGUGUCGACCAUUUUCUACAGCAAAUCGUACUGAAAGAUCUGGCAGUAUUGGCCUUCAAAUGUAAAACCUAUUCCCGAUCGUUAAGAUAUCUGGAAGAAUAUUGUAUCGAAUCGGCGGCAAACAACGAUAUACCGGAAAUUGUAUUGCAAUCGGAGAUACCAUUAUUACAGCGUAUUUAUAUACAUCUGGACGAACCCGAUUCGGUCGAAGGUCUCAAUUGUAAACGUGUGGGUACGCCGACAGUUACCGAACGUAUACUUAUACACGAAUCAAUGGGUCAGAUACAGGAGGCGCUGGUAUGCUGUGCCAAAGCUGUCGAACUGGAUCCCAAUGAUUUCGAUGUCCAACGAAAAUACUUAACCAUAUCGAUGGACAGUUUCGAUCAAUCGGAAAUGGUCUACACCUACGGUACUGGGCUAUCGCAUCGACGGCCCGAUUGGCGCCGUAAGCUGGCGCCGCAUGUCAUCGAAUCUGUCUGGAAAUUGGGUCACUGGUCGCAGUUGCCAGGCGUUUGUCGCGAAUACGACGACACCACUACUGCCGCCACAUUCGGUGCCGGUGUUGGCGAUCUGUUUUGUGCUCUACUGUCGUCGAAACAGUCGAACGAAACGGCGGCCAAUGAUUUCGAGACGAAACUGUCGGCUCUGCGCCGGGCACAGGUCGGUCCACUGGCAGCGGCCGCACUCGAGAUUAGCGGCUAUGUUAGGGCACACGAAUUUGUCGUCAAUUUGCAUACAUUGCAAGACAUUCAGCUAAUGUACAACAAUCUGAUGGCCGAACUGAUGCACGAAGACGUUUCGCCAAUCGAUUCGCUGAAAGAUAAAUUUGCGGCCACUGUCGACGUCUGGCAACAGCGUAACCAUUUGGUUAGGCCUACCAUUAAAUAUCUGGAACCGAUACUCAACACACAGCGCGCACUGUUAUCCAUAAUGGAUAACUGGUCGCAGAGUGCCGACUUGCGAGUGGAUAUCAAAAAACAGUUGUUCCAGUCGUGGCUGAUGAGCACAAAAACGGCCCGCAAAUCGGGAAACAUUCAACGUUCGUAUAAUUGUUUGUUGGAAAUGAAUAAAAUCAGAGAUUCGUUGAAUAUAUCGCUCGGCGAUACUGCUGUCGGCCUAUCGGUCAGUGCAUUGUCCGAUGCGGACAAUUGCGAAACAAUUCUCGAGACGGCCAAAGUCUGUUGGAAUAAGAAUCAUAAAAUAGAAGCCAUCAAAUAUCUUCACAAUCAGAUAUCGCAGAAUUUUAGUUAUUCACUGAAUCAAUGCUUCCAGAAGGCGACCAGCAAUUUGAGCGAUCGAUUUACUCCCGAAGAACUCAAAGAGAUCAGGAAUAACAUGUCGUUUGGCAGUCUAUCGGUUACCGGCAGCAGCGGUCGCGUCAGUGGCGGCGGCGGCACCGCUGCAGCAGCAGCAGCAGCAGUAGGCAGUGCCACGAAUCCGGUUGAUGUUUCGGUAUCGCCGAGCGGCGGCGGUGGCGGCGACCAGUUGUCUAGUAGUCUGACACCGCAUUCGGGUGCCGCCGACGAAGCGUUCGCUCGAUUGCAACUACUUUACGCCAAAUACUGUGACCAACAGCAGCUAUUGAAUCCAAAUUCGUUGAUGAUUAUCUACAAAACGGUAACAAUUGCCGCACCCAAUAGCGAGGACAGUCACUAUAGUCUGGCACAGUAUUGCCAUAAACUGUAUACCGGUUAUCAGGAAACUCGUAGGACUGGCGGCAGUGCCGGCGGUUUUGCCAAAAGCGAUGAACUGAGUGCUCUGAAGUGUCAGACAGUAAAAUCGUCGGUCGAGUCGCUGAAGUUUGGUGUCAAACACGCCCACAAAUCGUUGCCAUUAAUAUUCAACAUAUGGUUCGAGUUUGCCAACGAUUAUGCCAGAGCUAGAACCACGAGGAAUGCCAAUCAGAUGACAAACUUACAGAAAUUGUUGUCGAAAAUACACAGCCAUAUGUUGGACCUGUUGGCUAACGUUCCCAGCUAUAUAUUUUUCAUAAUAUUUGCCCAAUUGUGUGCCCGAUGUUUGCACAGCGAACCCAACAUACAGUCGGUAAUCAAAACAAUUUUGCAGCGACUGGUUGGCGACUAUCCUCAGCAAACAAUGUGGCUAUUGAUGCGAUCGUUGAAUUCGCAUAAUCUGAAUCGGAAAAACUGUUUCAACGAUAUCGUACAGAAGGCGGUACUCCAGAGGCCGCAGCAGUUGACAAAGUUUGUCAACGAUAUCAAACACUUGUCCCGUCUGAUGAUCGACAUGUGCCAGAAAGAUUCGAGCCGUACGCGCGGCGGCGGCGCCGGUGGACAGCGAGCCGCUCGCCAAUCAAAACUGUCGUUGCGAUCGGAUUUUCGCGAACUAUACAAUCUGUUUGAUAAGUCGUCGGGUUUUAGUCAGAUUUUACUGCCGUUUCGAUCGCUGGUCAACGUAACACUGCCGAAGUCGUCGACCUCGGCAGCCGCCACCACCACCACCACCACCAACAACAGCAGCACAGCAGACAACAAUCAACAUCAGCCGUUUCCGGCCAAAGAUGUCUAUAUCGACAAGUUUGACGAUACCAUUGAACUGUUGCACUCACUCCAGAGGCCCAAGAAGAUUGCCAUCCAUGGAAGCGAUGGCAACAAAUAUACAAUGCUUUGCAAACCGGGCGACGAUCUGCGCAAAGACUACUGUUUUAUUGAAUUUUGUAAUCUAUUGAACCGAUGUUUCAAACGCGAUCCGGAUAGCCGUCGACGGCAAUUGUCGGCCAAAAUCUAUUUGGUUAUAUCCUUGACCGACCAGUGCGGACUCAUCGAAUGGAUACCCGGUUUGUUGCCGUUCAGGACGAUUGUCGAAGGCCAGUACCGGUUGAGUCGCGAAUACGAUGCGAUCAGGGAAUCAGUUAUACGAAACUAUCCGCCGCCGGCCUCACUAAGCAAACAGGAACGAGUCAGGCGUUUUCGGACAGAUAUUCUGCCGAAAUUCCGACCGGCAGUUUUCGCCAAUUGGUUUGUCCAACAAUAUACGGAUCCGCUGUCGUGGUUUGCCGCCCGACUAGCCUAUACCCGAUCGACAGCCGUGUUCAGUAUUGUCGGCUAUUUGCUGGGGUUGGGCGACCGUCACGGCGAAAACAUUAUGAUCGACGAAUCGACUGGCCAGACGGUUCACGUCGAUUUGAAUUGUAUGUUCAAUAAGGGCGAAGAAUUUCAGGUACCCGAAACCGUACCGUUUCGACUGACACACAAUAUGAUCAACGCUAUGGGUGUUACCGAUUACGAGGGUGUCUAUAGGCGUGCCUGCGAACAUACGAUGCGUGUGGCCCGCGAUAAUAGGGAUGCCGUAAUGAAUUUUGUUACGCCCAUGCGUUUCGAUCAUCUGUAUGAAUGGAACCGGUCGUCAGGCGGCGGUGGUGCGGCCGACUCACGGCAACAAUCCAACGAGUUUACACUGGAUAUAGCUGAACGUGUAGUGUCUAACAUAGAGUGGCGACUGAACGGCAUUCCCGAUCGCAACGACCGAAAUCUGCCGAAAGGCAUUGCCCUGUCUGUCGAGGGACAGGUCGAUCAUGUGAUAAAAGAGGCCACGGAUAUCAACAAUUUGGGUGUUAUGUAUGUCGGAUGGACUGCUUAUCUGUGAUUAUUACCGUAAUUAUUAUUAUUAUUAUUUUUCGGCCAUAACUACU